AGUUCAACCAGUUUCGUCCUGAACUGGGAGGAGCAGAGUGAGAUUGAGAGAAGCAGCAGCCGCCGCAGCAGAGAGACAGACAGAACCUUCAAUACAACACACAUUGACCAUGAAGUCAGACAGGGAAGACUUGCUUCUACGUGAGGAGGUUUCCCAACUCCAAGAGGAGGUGCAGUGGCUGAGACAGAUGAAGGAAAUGCUGACAAAGGAGUUGGAGGAUUCGAAUGCAGGGAAAUCGGCUGAGAUCCUGUCAGUGACUGAGCUGAAAGUGCAGCUUGCUCAGAAGGAGACCGAGCUGGCCCGAGCCAAAGAGGCCCUACAGGCCAUGAAGACCGACCGUAAACGAUUAAAAGCAGAGAAGGCCGAUCUGGUAAACCAAAUGCAGCAGCUGUACGCGACACUCGAGAGCCGAGAGGAACAGCUACGAGAUUUUAUAAGGAAUUAUGAGCAACACAGAAAGGAGAGUGAAGAUGCAGUGAAGGUUUUGGCAAAAGAGAGAGACUCACUGGAACGAGAGAAAUGGGAGCUACGCAGACAAGCCAAGGAAGCAACUGAUCAUGUGACUGCACUCCGAUCGCAGCUGGACCUGAAAGAAAACAGGAUUAAGGAACUGGAGGCAGAGUUGGCCAUGAUAAUGAACCGUAUGGGCCAGAAAAUGGAAUAUCGCAUUUUCGAUCGUUCAGCUGAGAAGGAGCCCUUCCCUCGGGUGCUGGCGGCCAAGCAGUCCUUAGCCACGCUUACCAAGGACGUCCCCAAGAGACACUCACUGGCAAUGCCGAGCGAGAGUAUGCUGAACGGGAAUCAGGAGUGGGUGACGCAGUCAGACCUCCCACUCACUGCUGCGAUCCGACAGAGCCAGCAAACGUUGUAUCACACACAUCAUCACUCGGUAGACAGGCAAGGAGUGCGAGUCAGUCCAUGUCACUCAAGGCAACCAUCCAUCAUCUCAGACGCCUCGGUGCUUGAGGGUGAAAGGUCGUCCACACCAAGCGACAUCAACUCACCACGACACCGGACGCACUCGCUCUGUAAUUCUCUCGAAGACCUAGAAGAACAAAAGAGAAAGAAGAAGAAAGAGAAGUUGGUGUUUGGCUCCAUUUCGCGGGUGUUUGCCAGGGGCAAGCAACGGAAAUCUCUGGAUCCCGGCCUGUUUGAUGGUACUUCUACCGAUUAUUACGUAGAGGAAGAUGCAGAUUGGUGAUAAACAGCCAUCCACUCAACCUUUUUGUGUGUGUGUGUGUGUGUACAUGCUUGUGUGUACGUGUGUGUGCGCAUGUGCUCUUUGGGGCUGUGUGUGUUUGUGUGUGCAAGUACACUUGUGUGCUCAUUGAAUGUGUGUGUGUAGGUCUGUCUGUUUUUAAACUUAAGAAAUAUGUGAGCCCUGGGGCUGGCCCAGCGCACUCUGUAAUUAAUGUGUAUAUAUAUACAUAUAUAUAUAUAUAUAUAUAUAUAUAUAAAAAUCUUUGUGGAUAAUGUCACCUGUGAAUCUGUGGAGGGACACGGCUGUGUUUUAAUCUUACUGAGACUGGAACCCUGAAGGACAGCUGUGUACUGUAACUGUAAAUAACUGCAAUCGUGCACUUUGUGCUUCUUUGUAAGGUAUUUUCUCCUAUUUGUUAUUCCCAUGUCCCAGUGUGUGUUGUGUUCCAUCGGUUUGACAAUUUAAGAGAACUUCCUCAUUUCAACUGGGCAUGCUCAAGACCUCCAUCUCCUUUAACCCCACCCUUCUGUUCAUCCAGAGGUCAGCUUCCUAAUCAUAUAAUGAGCUAUUAGUGUGUUGAUAGUAUCUUUGAUGCAUCACAUUCAUUGGCUGAGCAUGCUUUGUCCAGAUUAAUGAGAUGGUUCUGUUAAAGGGACCUCGUCCUAGCUUUAUGGUCUACAGCAUGUUAGAUCCACAGUGGUACUAAUUGAUAUAGAGAAAGCAGAUGUAAAAUUACAGGGACCGUGAGUGGUGUAAUAAAGAUUUAGACCCAGGGAGGGAAAAAUUAACCCUCAUCACAGUCCAAGAUUGUUGCCAACAGAUAUCAGAGAUCUCACUGCAAAAUUUCUCCUUUUAUCUUAUAAAUAUCUUACUUUUACUUUACUGUAAAGUAAGUUACAGCUUACUUUAACAUCUAACACACUUGUCGUUCCCUGAACCAUCAGGAGAAUGCCCUAUGGAAGUUUUUUGUUGGGGUGGGGGCACUGAGGAAUUCCACAGACCAGUUUCAGUCAAAGGUUAAGGCAUUCAUUGGCCCACAUGUGGAUUGUUGAGAUUUGACUGAAUUUUUGAGAGGUGACUGGCGUCUGUCACUUGUCAUUUCUACUGGUCAGCAGAGAAUAAGACUCUGAACAUUCCCACGUAAAACCUUCUUUCCACUGACAUAUUUUUACACUUCAGUUUCCAUUCCAAUUCAAUUUUGGUAUUCUGCAUUGUAGUCCACUCGGUGCAAGAACAAUAGAAAGAUAUUGAGAUGCUGCUCUUGGGAAUCCUACACUGUUUUGAUUUCUUGAACUGAUACUGAAAGAUACUACAUCUUUUAGGGUGAAAUGCAACACAGUCCAUUUGGCAUGAAGGAAUGGCCUUUUUAUAACAAGUCCUCAGAACCCAAUCAUUUUAAACAAGGCUUCCUCAUAGCAUACACCAAUCCUCACAGCUGUCACCCAGUGUUUCCCCAACAUGCAUAUUUGAGACCCAAAGUGAUGCCUGCUGUGUGGGUAAUUAGCUGGACUCCACUUGGUGUGCCCCCCACAGUGACAGGACCAAGAUGAGGAACUCAUUGUGAGGAGAAUCAUAAGAUCAAAUGCACACCCACUUAAUACUCCUCCCUUAUUAUUUUUUGAUCUGAUGCUAUCGUAAGGUACAUUCUCUUGAUCAGCAUUGACUACAUGAGCCACCACUACACUGUCCCCCUCUACAAUCAUACAGACUGGCCAAUAAUUGCCUAGUUACUUACAAUGGCUAGCUGUGAAUCCUUCCACUCAGAAGGAUUGGUUCAUAAAUCAUUGGGAGAGUAAGCAAAUUCGAAACCUUGCUUCCAAAUCAUAACUCUUAUUACAUGUAAACAUCAUCCAAAAGUGUAGCCCUGGGUGAAUUUUGGUUGCGAAAUUGCAGUAAUACGUAAAUCUUCAAAGCUGUAAGAAAUGGGCCAACUGCUUCCAAGGCACUGGAAACAGUGAGAUAGUUCUCUGCCUCUGUCACUGCUGUGUGUUCUCAAUGCACUGAUGCCCUGCAAAGAAACCAAAGAUGACAUAAGCUAUUUAAACCAUUUCAAAAUCCAAAUGAUUCAAGGUUAAAAUAAAUAAAUAAAUUUGAGAUUAAAAAAUCUGUGAAUAUUUAGCUGUUGGAUAUUGCAACCUGCACACUGAUCUUAUUGAUGGGGAUUGACCUGUUCCAAAUAUUCUGUAUAUAUAGACCAGGCAAAGGGAUACGGUCUCUUUAAAGAUUGUCAAACUGCGAGUAAUGUCAAACUAACACACCGCCAUCAUAUGGGGAGCUGUUGAAAUACAGCUCCCCAUCUUGCUUUGCAAAGGGAGCUGUCAGAAUUGGAGAGCUGGUGACUUCACAUGCUGUUGGAAGAGCAGCUGCAGGGCUGACCUCGCAUGGGAUGUUGGACAUUUUUGUAAGUCUUGUGUUUUAUUUCCCAAGGAGACAGUUUUUAUUCCUGUUAAGAUGUUGUCGAACUUGCAAGUCAUUUCAAUUCCGCUCUGCCUCAGAGCGUUGCAGGCCUGUCCAACUUGUGAAGCAGCCAUCACUAUAAGGGAAACCAAUAUCUUCUCAUUAAUGUGACUGCCCCUUGGCCUUUAGAGGCCUGGGUUCAACUCUAGGCAGUUGUUCACUCAAUUCUGGGAAGCAUAGAAAUUCUGGGGAGGGAUGGAACCCUUGCCCCAGGAGUUGCCAGGUAGGAGAGAAAGGUUUCCUGCCUCAUGGGCUGUGGGAAGGGUCAGGUCACCAUGAUUUGAGAUGUGGGGAGGGGAAUGGUCUCCGCCCCAGUUCUGCGCGACAUUGCACUGAGACUGAAGAGGAUUGGAGUUACCGAUCUCAACUCUGACAAGGUGAAAUGUAUUAAUACAUCGAGAUGGUUUCCUCUUGGCCUUUGAAAGCCAGACCUCCCCAUUCUCUGUAGAGCAAUGCAAAAGAAAAACCUCUUGGAAUAAAGCGAUCGCACAUUAACUCAAAAAGUAUCAGAAGGGCUGUGCAGUUUUCCCUGAGCCUGGUGCCUGCAUGUGAUGUAAGGCAGCAUACUGGAAUUUAAAAUCACUUGCAAGUUCGACAUCUUUUUAAAAGCAUUCCCAUUCACUCGGGGGUUCUUUUGUUUUUUUGUAAAUUAGGUAAAAUAAUGCUACCGAUACGGAAAGAAAAUGGAUUUAUUUAAGAAACUAAAUAGAAAAUUUAUGCUGGGCAAGUUUAGAGUCAAAUUGUUUUAUCCCCGCACUGUGAAUGCUACCAAAAGCUCAGCAGUGCGGCUUCAAUU